AUGUGGAAGCCAGAAGCCUCGAUAGCUGUGCUGCAGAGGGACCUACCAGCUCACUGGGAGAAAUUCAGGGAUCCACCAGCUCAUUGGGAGACCUUCAGGGACCUACCUGCUUACUGGGAGGCCUCCAGGGACCUACCAGCUUACUGGGAGACCUUCAGGGACCUACCAGCUCUUUGGGAGACCUUCAGGGACCUACCAGUUUACUGGGAGGCCUCCAGGGACCUACCAGCUUACUGGAAGACCUUCAGGGACCUACCAGCUCAUUGGGAGACCUUCAGGGACCUACUAGCUUACUGGGAGACCUUCAGGGACCUACCAGCUUACUGGGAGGCCUCCAGGGACCUACCAGCUUACUGGGAGACCUUCAGGGACCUACCAGCUCAUUGGGAGACCUUCAGGGACCUACCAGCUUACUGGGAGGCCUCCAGGAACCUACCAGCUUACUGGGAGACCUUCAGGGACCUACCAGCUCACUGGGAGACCUUCAGGGACAUACUAGCUUACUGGGAGACCUUCAGGGACCUACCAGCUCACUGGGAGACCUUCAGGGACCUACCAGCUUACUGGGAGACCUUCAGGGACCUACCAGCUUACUGGGAGACCUUCAGGGACCUACCAGCUCACUGGGAGACCUUCAGGGACCUACCAGCUUACUGGGAGACCUUCAGGGACCUACCAGCUCACUGGGAGACCUUCAGGGACCUAGCAGUUUACUGGGAGACCUUCAGGGACCUACCAGCUCACUGGGAGACGUUCAGGGACCUACCAGCUCACUGGGAGACCUUCAGGGACCUACCAGCUCACUGGGAGACCUUCAGGGACCUACCAGCUUACUGGGAGACCUCCACCAGCUGGACCACUGGUCUCCCUCCCUCCCUCUCCCUCCCUCCCUCCCUCCCUCUCUCUCUCUCUCCCUGUCGUAAGCGAGCGAUAACGCGAGCCGCGCGGUUUCUUCUUCUCUCCCGGAACACGGACACUACCGGAGGCUGCGGCUCUGCGGCUCUGCCUCCCGGUGUGAUUGUGUUGUUAUUCGUCGUGUCGGUUGACCGGAGCACCGGGAGGAACAACAAGCUCUCCGGUGGAUGGUUUUUACCCGCAGUGCCUCAGCCCAGCAGCCAACCGGGGGAGCAGGAUGUCGCGGCACCGGAGCCCGCUCCAGCUCACCGACGCGGUGGUGGAGGUCAAGAGCAAAAGGGCGAGCCCGUGGUCUUUGCCACCAACUCCCUCCAGAGGCGUAAAAAGGGGCUGGGCCUAACCGGGCUGCGCUCCACGGUCACAGGCUCCUCCCACUCCCGCGGCCGGCCGGGCCUCAUGAUCGGCACGCCGCAGAACUUCCGUCAGAUCUCCUCCAUCAUCGACGUGGACAUCCUGCCGGAGACGCACCGCCGCGUCCGGCUGCACAAGCACGGCAGCCACCGGCCGCUGGGCUUCUACAUCCGGGACGGGGUCAGCGUACGCGUGACCUCUCAGGGCGUGGAGAAGGUCCCCGGGGUCUUCAUCUCCCGUCUGGUACGCGGCGGCCUGGCAGAGACCACCGGGCUGCUGGGGGUCAACGACGAGAUCCUGGAGGUCAACGGCAUCGACGUGGCAGGAAAAUCACUGGAUCAGGUGACGGACAUGAUGGUGGCCAACAGUCACAACCUCAUCGUGACGGUGAAGCCGGCCAACCAGAGGAACAACGUGGUCCACCGCGGCAGCAGGACCUCGAUGGGGAACUCUGGUUCUGUGGGCUCGGCCGGAUCCAACAACUCCGCCCUGUCACAUGACUCGCCAAGCCCCGCCUCCCAGAGCAACCCCAUCACCGCGAGCAACAGCAUUGCCGAGGGCGACAGUGAUGAUGAUGACGAAGACGACGACGGCGACCUCAUCCUUGAGAGCGACUGCCUGGCGCCCUACACCUCCCACCUGGUUACAAACAGCAACAACCUCAACAGAGACUCGCCCGGCGGCAGGCCCCUCCCACAGAGCAUCUCCUUGCCCAAUAGCGUUGUGCCGUCCCUGAGCGACAGCUCGACUGCGCUGUCCAAUCACAACGGAAACCCCGCCCACACGUCGAGCAGCAGCAGGGAGAGCAUGAGGGAGGACGUUAACAGCAUCACACUGUAGCCACGGCGACGCAGACCAACCGCACAGCGCGGUUACCAGGACAACGACCGAGGCGGGGAGGUCCUCCGGCUCACGACUCCGAGGCCAUGUUGCAGAGACGUUCUCCUGGAGGAACCGGCUCACCGGAGGAACCGAGAGGUUCGGGUUCUACUUCCUGGGCAGCACAACGACCCGUUUGUAGUUUCCUGACUUCCUGUUUGCCUUUAAGAGAGUUUCAUCAGCAAAGUUCACAUUUUAAAUUCAAAGUCAAAAUGAAAUCUGUCUGCAUUCAUCUAUGAAGCAAUCUGAGUGGCUGAGGUUCAGAUCCCUGACGGCACCUGAAGGCAUCGGGACACACGGCCAAUCGGAAGCUGUUGUCAGAGCUACGAGAGCAUGUGAUUGGCUGAGAGUGUAUUUAUUCAUCCUCAUCUAUUCCACUUCGACAGGCCGGACGUGUUGCCACAUUAGAAUAUUGCCCACAAUAUAUCAACAUAUAUCUUCAAGACAUUGAACUGGUUGGAACCAGAUGAACAGAUCAGAGCGUUCUGUGGAUCAAUAAUCAUGAUUCAUCUCCUUGCUUUCAUUUAGUUUUUGUGUAUGAAUACAAAUAAAUAAAAACACACAUGACUUCAGAAGGGCUCGCUUCUAUUGUUCUAUUGUCACCAAGGGAUGAAGCUUCUGGAAAUAAUCACUGUGAACAUACAUUUCAUCCAUAUACAUAUAUACAUACAUAUACUGUGGCAACCCGGGGGACUUGGAGGUGAGAUUCGGUAUAAAAUCAGGAGACUCAGAGACGUAGCGCAAAAUAAAGUGUCUUUUAAUAAAACGUAUAAGAGAAGGGGGGAAUGGGCAUCUAACGGCAACAAAGGAUUCUUCCCGGUCGGGGUCUUUGGUCUUUGGUCUCACACCUGGUGUGCGACGUUCUGAUCUCCUGUAUGGGCAGAGCAGAGGUGAGAGGGUCCAGUUACCUCCGGUCUGUUGCGGCUCCUCUCCUGAGGUUCCAACGUUCCUUCUUCUCUCCUGUUCAGGCAGCUCUCCCCUGAUGCCUUCCAGUGGAGGGUAGAUAUAGUCUGUGUCUCUCAUCAGCUGAUGGGCUGCAGGUGUGACCACUCCCAUGUGCCAAUUGGCUGUAGCACCUGCACUGGGAAGUACGCCCCGUGGAUCACUUCCCACAACCUGAGCUUUGGGAUCCGCCUCCUGGGCCUUGUCUGCUCUGCUUUUCCCCUGGUCUGCCACAAUACAUAUAUACAGGACUGUCUCAGAAAAUUAGAAUAUUGUGAUGAAGUUCUUUAUUUUCUGUAAUGCAAUUAAAAAAACAAAAAUGUCAUGCAUUCUGGAUUCAUUACAAAUCAACUGAAAUAUUGCAAGCCUUUUAUUCUGAUUUAUUGCUGAUUAUGGUUUACAGCUUACGAAAACUCAAAUAUCCUAUCUCUAAAUAUUAGAAUAUCAUGAAAAAGUAUACUAGUAGGGUAUUAAACAAAUCACUUGAAUUGUCUAAUUAACUCGAAACACCUGCAAGGGUUUCCUGAGCCUUGACAAACACUCAGCUGUUAUAAAUCUUUUUUUUUACUUGGUCUGAGGAAAUAUAAAAAUUUUAUGAGAUAGGAUUUUAGAGUUUUCUUAAGCUGUAAGCCAUAAUCAGCAAUAUUAAAAGAAUAAAAGGCUUGCAAUAUUUCAGUUGAUUUGUAAUGAAUCCAGAAUGCAUGACAUUUUUGUUUUUUUAAUUGCAUUACAGAAAAUAAAGAACUUUAUCAUAAUAUUCUAAUUUUCUGAGACAGUCCUGUAUAUAUACUAGGGCUGUCAAUCGAUUAAAAAAAUUAACUAAUUAAUCGCACAUUUUGAAAUUGCGAUUAAAAGGGUUUUUUUCUUCGAAAGACUAAAUCUUCUAAAUGAACGAGUAAUCCCUUCAGACAGCGUGUAUUUUAGACACUUGUUUAAUUGUAUUCUUUUUUAAAGACAAAACUUCACACAGAGCUGUGUUUUCAAAGAGGCUCCUACCUAUAAAGUUUCAGUGAGGUAUUUAAUAUUGUGGAUGAUAAAUUGUUUCUUCUGUGAAACAUUCAGAUUAGUAAGAAAAGGUGUAUUAGAGAUUGGUCCUGUCAUCUUUAACACUGAACAGCAGCAGAACCAGUGGCCUUGGUAAACUGACAAAUAUGUAAUGUUAACCCUCUGGAGUCUGGGCUCAUUUUCUCGAUUUUACAAAAACAUGUAAAUUCACCUUUUAAAGGCUUUUGCAUGUGACACAUCCCAGUGUUUCCCCCACCAUUCUAUCAGGGUGAGGCCCCGCCCCCCUGUCAUGUUCUCUAUAGCGCCAGAUUACAGCAGAAGUAAUGUAAGGUUAUUUCCUUAAAGACGUCUUUGUUCUUUUAUUAAACUAAACGUCUGUUGUUGGUCGUCUCUACAGCAGCAUGUCA